AUGCACAACAACUCCCUACUCCAUCUGGGCAAGCUCCGGCUCACGGUGCCCAGACUGAUGGCGUCCGGGCUGCAGGCCCGCAGUGGCGCCUGGGUGGCGCACGCGGGCGGCUGCCGCGUUCUCGCGCACGGUCGCGCAUUCCACACCUCGCCACCUGCUCGCAACGAGCUCAAGGACCCUUACAAGACGCUUGGCGUGGCGCAAACCGCGUCCGCGUCCGAGAUCAAGAAGGCGUACUACAAGCUGGCGAAAAAAUACCAUCCCGACAUCAACAAGGCCGAGGACGCGCAGAAGAAGUUCCACGACCUCCAGAACGCGUACGAAAUCCUGUCUGACGACACCAAGCGCCAGCAAUGGGACCAAUUCGGGCCCGCUGCGUUUUCGCAAGGCGGCGCGGGCGCGGGCCCCGCAGGCGGUGCAGGCGGUUUCGGCGGCGCCGAGGGGUUCCACGGUUUCGAAGGCUUCGGCUCCGGAGGCUUUGGAGCUGGUGGCGGUUUCGGCGGCAUCAACUUCGAAGACCUGUUCGGCGCGGCGUUUGGCGGCGGAGCUGGCGCCGGCGGCGCCGGCGCCCGCUCUCAGCGCGCAAACAUGUACCGCGAGUACCAAGGCAGCCCGGUCGAACUGUCCAAGCGCAUUUCCUUCAAAGAUGCAGUUUUUGGCGCGAAAAACGUGCAUCUCAAGUUCAGCGCGCUCGACCCCUGCGGCACGUGCCACGGCUCCGGUCUCAAAACUGGUGCGUCUCGCUCCACUUGUCCAGGCUGUUCCGGUACCGGUACGCGCGUCCAUGUGCGUGCUGGGUUCCAGAUGGCUUCGACUUGUCCGCAGUGUGACGGCGAGGGCUCCGUGGUGCGCGACUCCGACAUGUGCUCCAGUUGUCACGGCGAAGGUGUCACCAUGAACGCCAACCACGACAUCAGCGUUGACCUGCCCCACGGCUUGCAAGACGGCGACGUGAUCCGCAUCUCUGGCAAGGGCUCGUACCCGAACCUGGCGCUGGACCCGGCCAUGCGCGACAACGUGCGGCUCUCGCGUGGUGACGUGUUGCUGCGCAUCCGCGUCGACAAAGACCCACGCUUCUCGAUCAAAAACAAGUAUGACAUCUGGUUCACUCAGGAUAUCUCCAUUACCACUGCGGCGCUGGGCGGCGUCGUCACCAUCCCAACAGUCGACGGCGAGCAAAUCCGUCUCAAAGUCGCCGCGGGCACCCAGCACAACGACGUCGUUUCCAUCCCACAGAAGGGUGUACCCAAGGGCACAUUUGGGCGCGGUGAUAUGAAGGUCCAAUACCGCAUCUCCAUCAAGAAACCGCAAUCCCAGGCCGAAAAAUGCCUAUGGGAAGCGUUGGCAGAUAUAACAGGUGACACCACCGCCAAACGCUCUGUGUCGCCAUCUGAGCCCCAUUCCAACGUGUCUGAGUCCAAGAAAUCAGACUCCAAUCCAGAUACCCCAAGUGCGCUAGGUAGACUGGAGGAGUUCAUCUCGAACACAUUCAAGAAGAUCAAAGGCGACAAGAAAUGA